UGAGCGGGCGCAUUGAUUGAAAAGUGUUGUGUUAAAAAUCGUGAGUUACGAUGUGGAAACUUUUUAUGGUUAUUGCACUUAGUGCCUUCGCCUCAGCAAUAAAAGUACCCGUUGCCAAUUUAGAAAACACAGAUUUAACAUAUUUAGAAAACAACAAACCAAUAUAUGUACCUACAAUCCAGGAACCUUUGCACCAAAUUUUGAAAUCAGAGGACGUCGAAGCGCCAGCCACGUUUCUACUUCCGCCUACAGAUGAAGCCUUAAUGUAUUACAAACCACAAGAGUCCGACAGUAAUUGGUAUCCUAUCGCGCCAACCACACAAAUAACAAAAUCGCCUGAACGUGAAAACUUACGUACAGCGAAAUCACAGAGAGACGCAUUACCCGCCACAAUGCUUUUACCGCCAUUAGAAAAUGCGCUCAAUUUUUACUUUGCGGAUCCUUUGAAACCCGUUGCGAAAUUGAAACAACCGACGAUAUUGUACCCGAAGAAGUUUGUUGGGUACAAACCUGUCCCCAUUCCAAUUGCGCAAUUCGCUGAAAAUUUAACGGAAGUCCCGAGGGCUAAGCCUCUCAAGCCAUUGACACCUUAUCCGAGCAUUGACGGCAUUUAUAUCACACCAAUGGAUGAGAAGAAACAGUUCCUGUAUGCUCAGACAGAAGAGAAAAGAAAACUGAAGAAGGAACAGGAAGUGAGUCAGGACAUCGUUCCUGAAGAAAAUGCACAGUAUAAUGGAGAUAUCGUUACCCCUGCGGAACAGCAAGCGUCAGAAUCGAAUCAUGACUACCCAGAACAAGAGAGCUAUCCUGCAAAGCAGACUGUGAAGAGGCCUGUUUACGUACCGGCUAAUAAAGGAGAAAGAACGGAAUUCCGUAUGCACGGCAUGAACGGACCUCACAGUUACCAAUUUGGUUAUGAUACAGGAAAGGGGAAGAAUCGUCAAUUUCGCUAUGAAGAGCGCGACAAUGAUGGUCAUGUGAGAGGACACUAUGGCUACAUGGAUAAAGGUGGAAAACUCAGAGUCGUUAAAUACGACGCUGACCCGAAAUUAGGUUUCAGAGCAGACCCACCAGUUGUUCAAGAAUGAAAUUGUGACUUAUCACCUACGGUUUAGUACUGUCAAAGUUCACUCAAAGCUACUUAAGAUAUUUGCUCUAUACAGAGACAACAAUAAGAUAUUUCAGACUUUUACCCUACUUCGAUGUAUAUUUACUCUUAGGCUUGUGUCCACGGAAUGAAUAAUAUUGUAGACACCGCAAAUAUAAAGUAUUAUAUAUAAGUAUAGUAAACAAACAUUUAAGUUCUGUAUAAAAUGAUAGAAGUUUAUUUAUAUACUCCGUGGUUGUAUCGAAACCACUAUACCGACUUUCAUUGCUUGUGAAUUUAUAUAGGUCAUAGAUUAUAAGGUUGUUUGUGACUCACUAAUGCCCAAGUUGUGUCACGUAGUUGACCAACGUGAUUUAAUAUCGCAGGGUCUUUUCCAUUAGGGAUAAAUUAAUAUCAUCAUCAUUAUCUAAGCCAAUAUUAGAGUCUAGGAAAUUAGAACAAUAAUCAAAAGUAAAACUCAAAACGAUUUUAUACGGACUGAUGUACCGAUAGGUAGGGAAGUCAUUUAAACCAGGUUUUUAUCCUAUUUUGUGUUAUUAGUGUUAUUAUUGUUAUAAUUUUUAGUAAAUUGCGCCAAAGAGGUGUUAUUUUCCGUAGAAUAAGACACAUUUGUAUAUAUAAUAUUUAUUAGACUAUAAAUGUCAUCAACAUUGCCAUUAAACAUGU